ACCCAUUGGGGUCCCAGCAGGUUAUUUAUACCCAGUGGGUUAUCCUGGUAGAUAACCCACUGGGGUAAACUACACACAUGCUGUUAUGUAUGAUAAUCUAUGUAACUGUGUGUGUGUACUUGUACCUGAAGAAACUUACUGGAAAUAAGUCACUUUCUGACUUUCCUUGGGGUUAUCCUGACUCUACCAUGGAAAAUUAUGAGAAUGAGCUUAUAAAUGAGCUAAGGAGUGUUAAUCUGAUACUCCGUGAAAUAUGGACAGAAAUUGGAUUUGAUCAAGAAACCUGUGUUCAACGGCAGACUCGCAUCAUAGAACUUGUUAAGGAACUACUGAGUAAUGUACUGAAUGGGGAGACAUUAUUAAAGACCAAACUUGCUACAAGUAUUGAAGAAAAUGGCAAGGAAUUUUAUCACUUAAACAAGGAAUUGGGUACUGCUAUCCCUGAUCCUGACGACAGUUUGACCUUGUUGGAGGUGGAGAGGUAUCUUCGACACAACGUUGAAGAGCUACUUAAAGAAGUAAAUGUACGCCGCAACAAGCUCAAAGAGCUGCGAGAUAUUGAGCAGGUAAAUCGGGAGAAGACCUUCCGUCAUCUUAAGUCCAAUUUGUCGAGGCUUUUGGAUGAACUUGAGUUGAAGGCUAAUUCUUCCUUGGAGCUCAAUGUUCUUUCUGAUGUAGAAGACUUGUUUACUCUCUCUCGCAGCAACCUCCAUCAGAUGAAACAACUCAAUGAAAGAUAUGAACAAAUGGUAAAGGAAAAUGAGAGGGAAAGUCUGCACCUUCACAAUCACAUUAGACUUCUCUAUGACCGUCUUGAGGUUGAUCCCAGUGAGCGUGACAUCUUUCUUGAUACAAUACAUGGCCAUACUCCAUCAGUGUUAAAGAAGCUUCAGCAAGAGAUGCAUCGUCUAGAGGAGUUGAAACACCAAAAUAUGGCAAGGUUCAUUAAUAAGUUACGGCGUGAGUUGGAAGUUUUGUGGGAUAAGUGCUACAUCAGUGAAAACGAAAGAAAUGCCUUUACUCCAUACUUUGCUGGUUACACAGACGAAGUUUUAAAAGCACAUGACAACGAAGUACAGAAACUGCAGACCUAUUACUCUGAUAACAAGCUCAUCUUUAUGAAAAUCAAACAAAGGCAUGAGAUAUGGAACAAAUUAGUAGAACUGGAAGAAAAAGCUAAUGACCCUAAUAGACUGUUUGGUAAUCGUGGCUGCUCCUUGCUUCAGGAAGAAAAAGAAAGGAAAAGAGUAAAGAACGAGUUGCCACGUGUAGAAAAGGAGCUAGAGGAUCUUGUACUUGCUAGGGAGAAAAAGGAUGGCCAGCAGUUCCUGGUGGAGGGCAAGACAAUUUCAGAUUACAUAAUGGAUCAGUGGCACCAGUACCAUGAACAGAAGGAGCAGGAAAAGAGAGAGAGACAAAAUGCUCGCUCUAAACUGUUGAACUCUGAGAGUCGUUUAGGAUCCAAACCACCUUCUGUUAAAAGGCGAAUAGCACGCAAUGAUACCCUGAGGACUUCAAAACUGAGACGUAUUGGAGAGGAGCAAUCACUGGGACGUUCAACUCCUGUUACUCCCUCAAGAGGAACUAGGUCAGUGCUACGAGAGCAUGACCAGAAUACACUGAAGAAUGUAUCGACAAAUUUGUUUCCUAAAAAGGAUGGAACAAAUCUCUCCUCUGGCGAAGUCUCGUCUUACUCUCAUUUCUCUGAUGGUAUCCAGCGGCGCAGUGAGAGGGAGAACAUGAGGAGUUCAGCAGUUCAUGGAACCAAGAAAACUCCAUUGAUACAUCAUCCAUCUCCUCGGCACCCUCCCCCAGGCCUUCCCAAAACUCCUAAGACAUUACCUCGGAUAGCUAUACGUCGUUCUCCCCGACACAGUGGUAAUCGCUCUGUACGGCGAUCACCGAAGAGUGCAACAGUUUCACGGCUUGCAACUCCAUCUUCAUCAUCAGCUUUUAGAUCGCCACACAUUGGAGGAUCUCGUCGUGGAACUCCAAACAGAUGGAGCAAACUUAGUUUUCUAAUCUGAUUUAUCUUCUAAAUGCGUAAAUUUUUAUCAUUGGACACACGCCUAUUCCAAAGGAAAUAUGUUUGUGUGAAAUGUAUGCAAUAUUAUAAGAUGAUAGGAUUAUUUUAUUGUUUGAUGGUUAUAGAUCUGUAAUCAGAACAUUUAGAAAUUUACUAACGUAGUAUUGCUUUCAUAAUCAGGUGUAACAAUCGGGCAUUACUUUAAUACAUUCAAUAGCAAGUUAUCACUUGCAUGAAGAAGUUGCAGGUUCGAUAAUACAGUGUUCAAGAAACUUUGUUGGCAGUGUACUAUAACACCAUUUGUCAACAUGUUUACAGUUUCUAGCAUCCAUUGUAGCACUGUAUUAAUUGCUGUGUACCAAAUAUAUCCUAUGUGUAGAUUUUAAUGUACAUGGAUACAUUUGUUGUAAACCUUUUACUAAGACCAUGUUUUAAAGGUAGUUAUGACCAUCCCAACAUCACUGAUAAUUGAGCUCAAAUAUAAGACUUCGCAUCUAAUUUUUUAGUACCUCUAAUAUUGGUUGUUAGCCAUCUUAAGAUCUGCAUGCACUGACAACUUGUUUGUAUAGAUGAGUCAGUAGCAGGGUUAUUUUUUGGGUGCAUGUAUUUGAUAAGUGUUGAGUUUAUAUUGAUAUUUUAAGAUGGAAUAUUUCUAGCUGGCAAAUUAUUUUGGCGUCUCUUAAAAUACCCCCAGCAGACUUAGAUUGGGUUCAGUAUUGUAUUGGAUUCACAAAACAUUUACCAAAUUAAUAUUGAAUCACUGGGUCUUGGAUCUUUUGAAGGUUGCACCUAACAUUGCUGUCUUAUAUUUAAUCUUGAUCAACUGGAUCUCUUCCAUCACCAAGUUCAUACAUUAAAAGAUUUUAAUAAUCAUGCAACUCCUCAUCUCAGCAGAUUAUUAUUGCAUAUUGAAUCACUGUAAUUUUUAAUACAUUUUCAUUCAUCAGUGUGCCUGGUACAUCACCUUUUUGUAAUUAACUCAUUUAAAUAACAUUUUAAAUUUUUAUCAAUACCUAUGACCCCUCCAGAUUUAGUGCUUAGUUUUGAUAUUGAUACCUGUACUUUAUAUAAAUUCAUUCACCAAACUAAGUAUUUAUCUUGCCUAUAAUGUUGCAGGUGUCUUACUGGGCAUGGCAAAAAUUCAAGUACACUUGCUGGCAAGUAGUGUGACUCUUUGCAUACAGAGUAUAGACUGCUGCUGCUUCAUGGCUUAUAUUAAAAGUACAGUACUUAAAAAUUACCCUGUAAAUUCAGCUGGUACCUAUACUACUUGCAAACAGUUUUGUGUAUUCCCUCUAGAGUGUAUAAUACAUUUUCAGUAAUAUAAAAGUUAACUAAUUUGCCAUGAAUAACUUCUUUCUGUUAAAAGGUUAAUUAUAAAUAUUCAUUAAGUUUUUCUGUCAUACUUUUAAUUUGCUUACAUCACUGUAAGCAUUUGCUACAAAAGGUUCAAAAGUGGCAUUGUUUAGUUAGUGUGAAUUGGUUUAAGGUCAUCUAACAAAGUUUUUAAGCUUGUGAUGAAUUGGAGAAACCAAGUUUGGCUUCAUGUCAAGCUUCAACAGAACUUGAAAUUGGUUACAGGUAUAUAUGCAGUAAAUGGAUGUCUGGAAGGUGGUGCCAUGAGAACCAAUUGAUGCUACUAAAUGUUUUAAAGGAAACAUAGCCUGAAAGGCACCAAGAUUUUUAGAAAAUAGAUUUUCUUUUAAUCGAGAGUAACAAGUCGAUUUGCGAUGAACUUUUGACAUAUUAGUUUAUGUAUAUAUGAAACAAAAUAGAAGCAAAUGUAUCAAGGCUAUUAUGCAUAAUAUAAAAUAGGUAUAUUUUUUCAACACUGCCCAUCUUCUACCGAGGCAGGGUAACCCCAAAAAGAAACAUUUUCCAUAGCUACAGUAAGAAAUACAAAGUACGUCAGUUUUUACCCAGGUGUCAUUAAAACUCAGUUUACCACUAUUCUUGCCUUAAUGAUGUACAUCUUAAUUACUCUUGUUUUCAUUGACAUAUUGCAGCAUUUGAAUUGUAUAUACUGUAUAUGUAGUCAGUAAUGGUUAUGCACAUCUUUCUUAGAUGUGCUGUACAAGCACUCGAAUGAAAAUUUUUUAGUUUUUGCCUUAUUCAUUUUUGGUAUUGCUGAAAACUUGAUUGUGAGAAGUUACACUAAUUUGCUUUGAGUUAAUUUUGAUUUGGGAGCUUCUACAGUAUAUAUAACAUACAUUAUAGCUUUAAAUCUUUUACAUGUAUAUAAUCCUGCACCAUUGAAUUUUUUUUUUUUUUUUUUGUACAAGUAGACUAGCCACAGGGAGAGCAUUGCAUAAGUCAAAUUAUCCAAUUGUUAAUUAGGUUUAAAUUUAUUGCAGUAUGUCAUAUUGGCAUCACAUUUCAUUCACUGAAUUAUUUCUUCUGAAAACCAGCUUAGUAAUAAGCUGUAUUGAUCUUAUCAGAAGCUCUUCAUAUUUGCAUCUAAUAUGUGAACUGCAGUUAAAUUUUUUAAGAUAUUGAUAUAAGGGAACUUGUUUUAUGAAAAGCUGUAUUUUAUUAUAAAGUGUAUUCAUAGAUGAUGCAGUGUCAUUAAUCUAUGCAAUAACUUGCAUUAUUAUAACAGCUCCGAAACACUGUACAUAUUCCUGUCUAAGUGAGUUUUAUUAAACUUGAGUGUAAGUGGGUGUGAAUGUAAUUCACUUAGCUUUUGCAAUAAAUUAAUUAUAAAUG